GUGAGGGAUCGCGAGCUGAGCAAUUAGUCAAAGGAUUGUUUGUGUUGGUGUCCUCAGGGAAGGUCGAGAUCAGCUUGACCUGAAUCAUCUUCUGCAGUUCUGAGAGAAGGAUGGAUGCGAGAAAGAUUGCAGAUCUCAGGAAGGAAGUGUUAGAGUAUGAUCCCAACAAAAAUCUAAGUAUUGAGGGAUAUAUUCCCAAAAAGAUCAGCAUUCGCGUAUUUGGAAAAUUGGGACACGGCAAAUCUACAUUUAUUAACAACUGCCUCUGCGUCGUGAAAGACAGCGAUUAUGAAAACUUUACAGGAGAAGGUCCUGCAACAGGUGGAGCUGUCAAUAAUCGGCUUGAAGUCCAUGACCUCACCAGCAAAGUGGAAAUUGUCGACAAUCGAGGUUUGAGGAAUCUGAAUCCAAGAGAAAUACAUGAAUGUAACAUGCAACUGGAUGGAGUUCGGAAAACCCAGACACAGGUGUGCACCACAGGCUGGGCUUCCUGGGCUUGGUUUCUGGAUAUAUGGAAGAACCGACAAGAGGAAUGGGCCGAGACAAUACAUGUUCCGAUUUUCAUUUACAAAGCGGAUAUGCCCAGGAUUACGUCUGAAAUUGACCAACUUCGUCAGUUUAUAGACAAUGCCUAUUACUACACUGGGAUCUAUCCUAUAAUUGUUCUGAUGUUUGCUGAGAAGAUGGCAGUGAGCCUUGAUACAUUCAGGGGCUUUUUUGGAAACUUCCACUGCACUGACACAUUUCCAGUAAACAAUUAUCAUGAGAAAGAAACAAAUAGGAACACGGAAACAGACACAGCAAUUCUGGAAAUCAUUCGAAAGUGUCUGUCCCGUGCUGAUGGUGUCAUCAAAAGAAUUCGUCCUGAAAAAGUGAAACCAACUUCAUUUGAUUGAGCAGCUGGAGUCCAGACACAACAGUGUGGGCACAAAAAAACUGCACUCAGAAAUAGUUUACUCCAGCAAGAGCAUUUUAUAUACUAUUCUAUGUCUAAUGGGACUGAUUAUAAUGCAAUAUAUAAGCAUUGACUGAUAUAUUUAGCGUAAAUUAAAUGAUUGUUUCACAUCC